CAAAAUAAAAAUAAACAAAAUAGACAAAAUUAACUUUUUUGUUUUGUUUUUGGUAUUUAAUACUUCUUUUGUUUGCUUUCCUCGUAAAACCCAUGACCCCUCCCCCUUUCUUCCUCUUUUGCUUCUAAUCUUCAACAAAAAUGCCUUCGUUAGCUUUUGGAUCUCAUCACCAUUUGGCCAAUCCCACUGAGUCGCCGUACACCGUCGAAAUUAGCAUCGACGGCGACUCCUCUGACUUGGAUUCCUUGUCUGAGGUCGACUUAGAGAGCGGCGGUGUGACUAAGCUACAUUCCGGUGGUGGUAGGAAGAGGAGGGUGAGGAGGAGAAAGAAGAAGAAGAAAAGGAAGAAGAAAGAGAGUAGAGAUUGCAGGAUCUGUCAUCUGCCUUUAGAGAGUAGCAAAGAAGGUGGAGAAGAGGAUGAUUCUGAUGAACACGAAGUAGAUAAAGAAGAAGAAGAAGAUGAUGCUGAAGAAGAGUAUUAUGGUUUGCCUUUGCAAUUGGGCUGUUCUUGUAAAGGUGAUUUGGGUGUAGCUCACAGCAAGUGUGCUGAAACUUGGUUCAAGAUCAAAGGAAACAUGACAUGUGAGAUAUGCGGGGCAAUGGCUAUAAACGUAGCUGGGGAACAGUCAAACCCAGAGAGCACUGCCUCUACAAAUUCACAAGUGGUGGCUGCAGGACAAACUCAGAGUAGUCAGACAGAGCCACGGGGAAUCUGGCAUGGUCGCCGUGUUAUGAACUUCUUACUUGCUGCUAUGGUCUUUGCCUUCAUUGUUUCUUGGCUUUUUCACUUCAAAGUCCUCAAGUGAAACAAGUUCUCUAUCUCUUUGGCCCUCACGCGCUCUUCUUCUCCUGUUCUUGAGCCGCGUGCAAUCACUACAUCAAAUCCCUCCUGUCGCUUGAUUGUUCGUUCGUUCGUUCACACGUUUUGUAGCUGUAAAAACUUAUUAGUUUUUAGAUUGUUUGUCACUUGUGAGCUUUUUUUUUACAUCUUGUAUAAUAUUCAUCUUCACUCCGGUUUGGUCAAAACUUCUGUUCAACCAAGAGGGUCUUGGCUCUUUUGGUUUGAAGACUGGUAAUAGAAUAGAUAGCUGUGUUGAAUCUGUU